AGGAACAGUCACCGACUGAUCCUCAAGAGAUAGAGGACAUGGCAAAUAUUCCCUAUGCCUCUGCAGUUGGAAGUCUAAUGUAUGCAAUGUUGUGCACUAGACCUGACAUCUGUUAUGCUGUUGGAAUCGUGAGCAGGUAUCAGGCUUAUCCAGGACUAGAACAUUGGAAUGCAGUUAAGUAUAUUCUGAAAUACUUAAAGAGUACAAGGAAUCUUGUGUUAGCCUACAAGGGUGGUGCUUUAAAUCCCAUAGGCUACACUGAUUCAGAUUUCCAGACAAGUCUUGAAGACAGGAAAUCUACAUCUGGGAUGGUGUUUACUCUUGGGGGUGGAGCAGUGGUUUGGAGAAGUGCUAAACAAACCUCGAUAUCGGACUCAACUAUGGAAGCUGAAUACAUAGCAGCAGCUGAAGCUGCUAAAGAACUUGUCUGGCUAAGAAAGUUCUUCACCAGCAUAGGAGUUGUUCCUGGAAUGGAAAAGCCUCUGGUACUACUCUGUGAUAACAAUGGAGCAAUAGCAAACAGUAAAGAACCUCGAAGCCACAAGAGAAGCAAACACAUUGAAAGGAAGUAUCACAUUAUCAGAGAAUACGUGGCAAGAGGGGAUGUACUAGUUGAGAAAGUUGACACAGAGGACAACCUGGUUGAUCCAUUUACCAAAGUCUUGGUCGUGACAGCCUUUGAAAAGCACCGUCAGAAUUUAGGAUUAAUUGAUAUGUACUAAUUAGUUUUAUAUUAGUGCAAGUGGGAGUUUGUUAGGUUUUAUGCCCUAAAUAAAACUCCUUUUCAAUGUAAUCUAUUUUAUUCAACAUCAAUAAAGAAACAGAAGUAUUUUUCAUUCAUUUGUGUAUG